AAAUAGGAGAAGCCGGGAGGAAGGAAGAGUUUGAGCGCACUGCAGUGGGAGUGCAGCUAUGGGGAACGCACAGGAGAAACCCCCGGGCAGCGGAGGAGUGGCGGGGAGAUCGGGUCAGGCCAGCACAACAGGGAGUAGAACGAGAACUGCGGGAGGAGGCAGCGGGGAAAAGCUCCAGAAUCACAAAGCCCCAGGGAAGGAGAUGAUGGCCAAUGGCACACACCAAGAAAACAGUCCCGCUGGUGGACAAAAGGAGCAGGGCAGCCCUGCAGUGGACACGAGUUACCUGGAUGCCCCAGCUGGGGCUCUGCCUCCUCACCUGGCACGACUCAAGAAUGAAGGGAACCACCUCUUUAAACAUGGCCAGUUUGGAGACGCCUUGGAGAAGUACACUCAGGCCAUUGAUGGAUGUUCUGAGGCAGGCGUGGAUAGUCCAGAAGAUCUGUGUAUUCUCUACUCCAACAGAGCUGCCUGCUACCUGAAGGACGGAAACAGCAACGACUGCAUACAGGACUGCACCAAGGCUUUGGAGCUGCAGCCGUACUCCCUGAAGCCCCUGUUGCGCAGAGCUAUGGCUUAUGAGUCACUGGAGCGCUACAGGAAGGCCUAUGUGGAUUAUAAGACAGUGUUGCAGAUUGACACUGGCACACAGGCGGCUCACGACAGUGUCCACAGGAUCACCAAGAUGCUGAUUGAGCAGGAUGGGCCUGACUGGAGAGAGAAGCUGCCAGAAAUCCCCGCCGUCCCUCUGUCUGUUCAGCAGCAACACAGAGAGAAACCAAUCAGCAUUGAGAUGGCACAGGCACGAGCCGCCAGGGCUGCACAGGAGGAAGUGAGAAGAAAAGAAGCCCGCUUCACAUUACUCAAACAGGAAGGCAAUGAUCUGGUGAAGAAAAGUCUCUUCCAGGAGGCUCUGGGGAAGUACAGUGAAUGUCUCUCCUUAAAACCUGAUGAAUGUGGUCUCCACACAAACAGAGCCAUUUGUUUCCUGAAGCUGAAUCGCUUCGAAGAGGCCAAACAGGACUGUGACUCUGCACUGCAGCUGGAUCCAGCCAACAAGAAAGCUUUCUACAGACGAGCGCUGGCCUUUAAGGGUUUACAGGAUUACCUCUCGGCCAGCAGUGACCUACAGGAGGUCCUCCAGCUGGAUCCCAACGUCCGGGAGGCCGAGCAGGAGCUUGAGGUGGUGACGGGCUUGCUGAGGCAAAGUCUGAUGGACACAGCAAGAGCGUGAUGGCUCUUUGUGGUGCACAGACGGAGACAGGUGUGGAUGCGUACAGUAGCAUGCUUAAGUUUGGACACCUUUAGUCAAAUGUUCUGUCUCUGUGAAUAGUUAAGUUUGUGGAGAAUAAACUGUUCUCCAAAUGGAGUAAAGUUAAAGAUUAUUUUCAACAACUUCAUCAAAGUCAACAUUCAAUAUUUUAGUGGUGAAACGAGCAAAACCAUGCAAGAGAUUUGAGCUCUUCAGUACCCCUUACCAAAGUCUGAGACCUGAGUCUGAGCUGCAGACUGUGCAUAGUUAAAUGAUCUGAAAGGCCGCGAAUGACACAUUUCAAAGCUUAUAAUCCAAGCCUAGAAUGUUUUCCCAACAAUUAGCAGACAGUGUUCUUGAAACUUAAAUAGCUGACACGCUUAAAGCAGAAGAAGUUUAUUAGAUGAUAGCAAACCUCGUUCAGGUAGCUCUUUUUUUUAUUUGAACAAAACAUUUUCCUGUAAAAUGGAUGUGGAAUUGAUAGAACAGUAAAUAAACAUAAACUGUCAGGGAAAAUACAGAAGACUGCAAAAAAAAAAACAAAUAAACAAAAAAAAAACAUAAGGUGAGCAGUGGGAUAAUAAUCCUAACAAUGCAUCACAACC